AGAGAGAGAAGGAGGGGACGGGAGAGAGACAGCCCAGCCUCCCUGUAAUGGGCGCGUCACGUGACUAGGAGCAGUAGUAAGACAGGUGCCUUCAGUUGAGCCUCAGUAAGAGGCGAGCUGCCUGCAUGAGUGCGAGCUGUGUGUGUGACUGCUGCUGGGGACUUUAGAUCCAUUCAGGGGCUGGAUGGCGUGGGACAUGUGCAACCAGGACUCUGUAUGGAGUGACAUAGAGUGUGCUGCUCUGGUCGGUGAAGACCAGCCUCUGUGCCCAGAUCUUCCUGAACUUGAUCUCUCUGAACUUGAUGUCAAUGACUUAGAUGCUGACAGCUUCUUGGGUGGAUUAAAGUGGUACAGUGACCAAUCAGAAAACAUUUCCAAUCAAUACAGCAGCGAAUCGUCCAACAUAUUUGAGAAGAUAGAUGAGGAGAAUGAAGAGAAUUUGCUAGCAGUUCUUACCGAGACAUUGGACAGUCUCCCUGUGGAUGAGGAUGGAUUGCCUUCAUUUGAUGCACUGACAGAUGGAGAUGUGACCAAUGAACAUGAUCCCAGCCUUUCAUCUAUGCCUGACGGCACCCCUCCAACUCAGGAGGCAGAAGAGCCGUCACUACUCAAGAAGCUGUUACUGGCCCCAGCUAACGCUCAGCUGAUUUACAAUGAAUGCAUUGGAUUCACUACGCAGAACCAUGCCAGCCCCAGUCAGAGGAUCAGAACUAAUUCUUCGGUUGUUAAGACCGAGAAUUCAUGGAGCAAUAAACCGAAGGCCAUUUGUCACUCGCAAAAGCCACCACGGCGUCCUUGCUCAGAGCUCCUUAAGUACCUGACUUCAAAUGACGACCCUCCUCAGACCAAAUCGACAGAGAGCAGAAACAACAGGCUUGACAAAUGCAGCAGCAAAAAGAAGCCGUACUUACAGCCUCAGCCACAUUAUCAAGCCAGGUCAACGAGUUUGUCGCUUCCCUUGACGCCCGAGUCACCAAAUGACCCCAAGAGUUCCCCAUUUGAGAGCAAGACUAUUGAACGAGCCUUAUGUAUGGAGCUCUCUGGAACUGCAGGAUUAACUCCACCUACAACACCUCCUCACAAAGCCAAUCAAGAAAACCCCUUUAGAACCUCUCCUAAGCUGAAAUCUUGCAAAUCUUCUGUGCCACCUGCUAAAAAAUCUCGCUACAUUGAGUCUUCCAAUAUCCAAGUUCUAUAUCCAGCUAAGAAAGGUCCAGAGCAAUCAGAACUGUAUGCGCAGCUCAGUAAAACGACCGUGGCAAUUGGACAAGAGGAGAAAAAAGCAAAGCGACCUAGUUUACGACUUUUUGGAGACCACGACUACUGUCAGUUUAUGAAUUCAAAAUCCGAAAUACAUAUUAGCUUAUCACAAGAAUUACAGGCCUCAAGACAUCUUGAAUGUAAGGAUCCUUUUCCUGGCAAAGAACUGCAAGUCUGUUCAUACACUGAUCAAAAGCAAUGCCAGAAAGACAGCUUACCAGUCACAAUGCCAAGUUCUCAGAACAGCCAUAGGAAACAGCUCCAGGACCAGGAAAUACGAGCCGAACUCAACAAGCACUUUGGGCACCCAACGCAGGCAGUCUACAAAGAUGAAACUAAAAUCAGUGAACUGGUGGACAAUAAAUAUAUUGAUGAACAGUUGUCAAGACUACCUAUGUUUCUAACUGCUGGGUUGGAAAUAGAUAGUUUGUUUGAUGACAGCGAGGAUGAAAAUGAUAAACUGUGCUAUACUUGGGAUGAAACACAGUCAUAUUCAUUAUUUGAUGAAUCGCCGUCUUGCUCUUCUUUUAAUUCUCCAAGUAGAUAUUCAGUAUCCCCACCAACUUCCCUGUUUUCACAAAGGAUAUGCUCUAGAUCAAGAUCUAGGUCCUUUUCACAGUUCAGAUCAUCUUCUCUUUCCCCAUAUUCUCGUUCAAGAUCCAGAUCUCCAUCAAGCAGAUCAUCAUCAGGGUCUUGCUGCUGCCAUGAGACUGAUCAUUGCAGAGAAAAAAGUUCUCCAAUGUAUGCACGAUCACGGUCAAGGUCACCAUAUGGUCGUAGGCCCAGAUAUGACAGCUAUGAGGAAUACCAACAUGAACGGCUGAAGAGGGAGGAGUACCGCAAAGAGUAUGAAAAGCGCGAAUCAGAGAGAGCAAAACAAAGAGAGAGACAAAGGCAAAAAGCCAUUGAAGAACAUAGAGUGAUUUUCGUGGGUAAAAUGAGAUCCAGCAUGAGCCGCACGGAGCUGCGCGCCCGGUUUGAAGUUUUUGGAGAAAUUGAGGAAUGCACAGUAAAUCUGCGGGACGAUGGCAAUUGUUACGGAUUUAUCACCUAUCGCUACACCUGUGACGCUUUUGCUGCUCUUGAAAAUGGAUACACGCUGCGCAGGUCAAACGAGCCAGACUUUGAGGUUUGCUUUUGCGAAAGAAAGCAGGUUUGCAAGUCCAACUAUGCAGACUUAGAUUCAAAUUCAGAUGACUUUGAUCCUGCUUCCACCAAAAGCAAAUAUGACUCCAUGGAUUUUGACAGUUUGCUCAAGGAGGCACAGAGAAGCCUGCGUAGGUAACAAGCAUCGCGCCAAGCCUGAUAGGAAUAUGGAGAAUACCUCAAGGACAUUGCGUCCUUCAAUAACAGACUCUUAAAAGUCAAACCUAGGAAUUUCUCCUACUUUACACUCUGUAUUACAAUGGUUUACAUGAACAAAGCUGCUGAAGACUGAAGAGGCAAAGUAGUUAUCGGACAAAAUACACGUUAACAUGGGUGUCAGAAGUUUGUUGCUGGAUUGUGCCAGUAAUGGCUGAUGAAUGGUAAGGCCACCUGCCCUCCACCAGGGAACACUCAAUAAGCCCUACAGAGAAAUAUACGAAAGGCAAAAUAUUUAUAAUUCUUAGCUUCACAACUACUGAUGCCAUGGUGCGCCCCACCUUUCUUCUCAUUUCUUUCAUUUCAAGAAAGCAAAACUCCUAAUGACAAAAAACAAACUGUUCAGUACAGACAAUGCCUUAGUGACUUUAUUUUUUUUUUUUUCUAUUGGGAACCUGAUGAGGAAACGACAGAAAAUACUUUUUUCUUUUCUAGAAGCCACAAGACUAUUUAUGCUUCUCCGUUCUUUGACUCUGACACCCAUGCAGUUGUCUACAGUGUCGACCUCCCGCAUCAAAAGCCUUGUAACGUGGUCAAUUUCACAGCUUGUUCAGCAUUAUUUUUCUGAUGAGUGGAUGUGGUGUUACAUAAUAAAUAAGAAGUCAAACUAUCGGAGGCAAGUCCAAGUAGUUUGUAAGCUACGUUGUAAACUUGUAGUCAAAGUAUUUACAGAUAUUAAAUGUCUUCUCUGCCAGAGAUGUCGGGCAACGGCAAACAUUGCCCCGCUCCCCUGGCAGGAAACAGGUUCUACGGAGUAUUUUUAUUUUCUUGUACAUAAAGUAUGACAAUGUCUUUUAUUUGUUACAGCUAUGCACUGUAAAUGCAGCCUUCUUUUAAAUACUGAAUACUUUUUUCUUAAUUGAGACUAUUCAAUUGUAAUUAUAUAAGGUGAAACAACUAUUGUAUACUAAUCUAUUUAGGAAGCUGAAUUUAUGCUUAUAUAUUUGAUUGUAAAACAAAAAAAGUGUGAGUGGAUUUUUUUUUUUCUGUUUUUCUUUUUUUUUAAUUUGGGUGCACAGAUUAUAUCAUACCAUACUUUGGUGAGCUUCCUUUUAUGUGUUUGUGACAGAUUUAUCUGACCUUUCAAAUAUUUUAGUGUCAAAUUGGAAGGCAACGCGUUUCACGCAUUUAUUUUUGUUUUAAUGCCUUGUCCUCCAAUACGGCACUGAAAUCCUUUCGGGCCGUUGUUUGCAUGGACAAUAUGCCUGCCAUUCUUGUGCAACCAUGUUUUCUUUUCUGUCACACCCAUUUGAUUCAGAAGCAAAACAUCUGUGUUUUUGUUUUUUUUUUUUGUUUUUGUUUUUUAUAAAGAGUCUUGUUCAAGUUGAUAGUGAUUUUUGUUUUUAUUGCCUAUAUGCGUCGGGAAUGAAUGUUACUAUUGAUUAUUUUUACAAUAGGCUUGUGUGUGUAUUUUUUUAUUAAAUCAAUUAUUUUAUGAAUGCUGCUGGGUAACUCAGCACUGUAUACCUUGUGUGGUAUGUCCUUCUGUCUAAACACUGUUCAGUAAGCCAGUAAAAAAUGUUUUUGUUGUUGUUAUUCAUCGGCACUGUUAAAUUAUGGCAUUUGUCAAUAUAUAUAUAUAUAUAUAUAUAUAUAUAUAUAUAUAUAUAUAUAUAUAUAUAUAUAUAUAUAUAUAAUGAUUUUUCUUUACAGUUUAAGCAUCCUGAUAAAAUACUGAUCGUUCAUUCCUUUGUUAACUAAAUACAUAUUUAUCAGUUUAUUUUAUCCUAUUUAUUAUACGAAUAGGCAGAUUACUUAGGAUAUGGCCAGUGGUACAAUUUAAUAUAUGGAUGCUAAACACCCUUAUGCUGCAUUUGAAUAAUGCUUCCGUUGCCAGACAUUGCUAAAUGUUAAUUAGCUCAUGUGGUGUUCCACUCUUUGACAUUCUUUGUAAACAUAACCUAUAUAGGAAGCCCACUGAUGGGCAGAAUGCAAAUGUUUUGGUACCCAAAAGAACCAACGCGUUUCACACCAUACUAUUUUGAGUUUCUCUGUAUUGUUAGGUUAAAGCAGCUACUUGUAAUUCAUUUAUUUGCAGUGAAAUCUUCUCAGACACAGAUGGAAUCUACUGUUUAUUAUAAAUUAAAGCUUGGAAAGUAUAUUUAUUUUC